AUUGUGUGCUGCAGCCGCAACACACUUGACUAAUUGAGUGUUAAAAAAAAAAAAAAAAACAGCACGGGUGUGCUGCGGCUACGGGCUGAUGCUCAGAAUAAUUCUUUAUUUUUUUUUCCCCCCAAAAUGACUAUAAAUAUAGGUCUGUUUGGGAAAGAAAUAUAGGUCCGAGAGGGAGAGGAAGAGAGGUGAGAGCUGAACGAAGGUCACUGCGUUUCUUCUCCGUUAGCUUGUUUCUUUUUCUUUUUAAUAAACACCACGUCAACGUUGUGCACAGGGCUCCGCAUGCUAUGCCUGUAGAAACUGAUAUACGAAACACAGGAAGUUCCUUUGACACAACUCAACUCCGGUCCGGAAUAGCUUCCUAUCUCCAACCAACAUAACCGUCACAAAUCCAUCUUUUGAUCUCUCUCUUAGCAUAAGAUCUCUGUAUGGAAGUGGCACAUUGCUAUCUAGAUGGAAAUGCUGAUUGUGUGGAGUUUUGUCCGCACGAUGCUUACCAUGAUGUUCUGGCCGCUUCAACAUACACGCUACAAGAGGGUGAUCGGCCCAGUCGAUCCGGGAGCAUAUCACUCUUCAAUGCAGAUGCUAACAUGGGUUGCCUUGAUUUGUUCCAUCGCGUGGGAACAGCAGGCAUAUUUGAUAUGAAGUGGAGCCCCGUUGGGGGAAACGUGGGUGUUAUGCUAGCUCAAGCAGAUGCUGAUGGUUGUUUGAGAACUUACAAUCUUGAGAGACGUUCAGAUGGAAUAAAAGGGAGUUUCUUGAAAGAGAAAAAUGGAGAAAAAAUCAGUUCCUCCAUGUGCCUUUGCCUUGAUUGGAACCCGUCGGCCACAUCAAUCUCAGUGGGGCUUUCUGAUGGGUCUGUCUCAAUAGUUUCCUUAUCAGAGUCCAAAAUAGAAAUACGAGAAGAAUGGAAGGCACAUGAUUUUGAGCUUUGGGCAACUUCCUUUGAUAUCCACCAACCCCAACUGGUAUACACUGGUUCGGAUGACUGCAAAUUCAGUUGCUGGGAUUUGCGGGAUAGUCCUAAGUUGGCAUUUCAGAAUACCAAGGUUCACAAGAUGGGUGUUUGUUGCAUAGUGAAGAGCCCUACUGACCCUAAUACCCUAUUCACUGGUUGCUACGAUGAGUAUUUGAGGGUUUGGGAUGUCAGAUCAAUCUCAAAACCUGUAAAUGAAACUUCAAUAUGUUUAGGGGGAGGUGUCUGGAAAAUCAAGCCUCAUCCCAUUGUACCGGGAAUUGUCUUGGCAGCUUGCAUGCACAAUGGGUUUGCAGUUGUUAAGAUUGGAGGGGAUAAAGCUAAAGUAAUGGAAACUUAUAGUAAGCAUGGCUCACUCGCAUACGGAGCAGAUUGGCAGAGAAGGGGAUCUUUCCAGGAUGGCAAAAAUACGAGUACCAUGGUGGCUACUUGCUCAUUUUAUGACAAGCUUCUUCGGAUAUGGAUGCCACAAAGUGAUUUCACAACAUGAUUUAUGUUGAACUUGUUGGACCCCUAUUUGCUUUUCUAAUUAUGUUGAACUACUUGUGAAAAAACAACAGGCACCGUAAGGAUAGCUUGAUGGAAUUGUAAGCAACAGUUCUUCUGCCAAAAUUAUAUCUAAGUUAAUGCUU